AUGAAAUGCAACCCGUACCUUCUCAUACUGAAAUCUCUAUGCCUUAACAGCCAUGCAUCCGAUGUUGCUUAUGUUAGUUCAAGUGGAUCAAUCAUUGCUGUUGCUGGAUAUAGCUCCAUUAAUGUUAAUGUGGUUAUAUGGGAUACAUAUACUUUGGCUCCACCUACCACCUACCACCUACCACCUCACGGGCUUCUAUCCUUUGUCAUGAAGGGAGAGUCACCAAGAAAUCUAUAA